AUGCGACGCAAGGCGGUGUACCUAUUCGAUUCUUAUGGAUAUCGCCGGACCAGGAUAUCCGUCAAGACCAGAGCUCUGGUGUCAGAGCUGAUCACCGAGGUCUGCGUGCUGACACAAUGGCAUUUUCAUCAAGAUUGCAUCAAGCAGAUCAGAGUGCCCGACAAAACUUUACCAGAAGGAUUCAGAAGGCUCAAGACUACAGAUUUCAUCACUAAUGAGAUGGAUAACUUUGAGAUCGUUAUGGACUUUGGAAAUGUAUGUUUUCAAGUUAUUUUUGUGUUUGAGGAUUUUUAGGUAAUAACGAUAAAAAUGGGCGUUAUAAAAAUGGACUUUAUUAUAGGUAAUACGUUAAGAAUUAUCUAAAUAUUAAGUUAAUAACACAAAAUGGACAGUUUUUAGGUAAUAAUUUGGUAAAUAUGCGAACUAAUAUGUUUUUUAUCCUAGAACAUACAAAUAUUUAUCUACGACGAGAAUUAUCGCUUGAUGUUCCAAGAAUUCGUUAUCUUUAAUUCGUCUAGCCAGGCGAAUCUUCUGAAGUUACUCUGCGACCUACACCCUCAACGACUUCAACCUGACAGGUUCUUGUUCAUGGACAGCUUCUGCAAUGGUGGAUUUGAUGUGAUGAGUGCGGAUAACAACAUAAUCAAGCCAAAUUCUAUUGUUUCUAUUGUCUUCAUGGUUUCUAAUGUAAGUAACCUCACUUUUUAAAACCAUAUUAAGGUUUUGAAGAAAGAGUUUUGGAAUUUAAAUCAUCAGUUUAGGUAACAAAUUAUAUUUUAGGAAAGAAGUGCGUCUGUGACACCAUGUUUGACAGUGCCCACAGCAUUAACACGGUACUUGUACAAUCUGGAGCCUUCUUUCAAUACCAAACUUCAGAAUUGGAUAGAUCAAUCUUCAUUUGAUCAGAAUUAUGCUGAAGAGUUGGCCAAAACCGUUGGUUUGGCGUUGACGGAAUAUCAUUUUAGGUAAGGCUAGUUAAUAUAUUUAAUUAAGUUGUUUUUAAGAUUAUUAGUAUUCAUUUUUGUAAUUGUUACCUAUUUUUAGAAGAGAACCACUGAAAAUUGAGAGGGAGGUGUUCUUGAAGUACCUGUUUCUGAAAGCUUCGGUCAAAUGUAAUGUAAGUUUUUAGGUAUAAAGUAAUUUAAAUAGUAGUAUAUAUUGUCUUAUGUUGCGUCCAUUAAAGAAAAUAUGAAAUUUCAGGAUCGUGUGUUCACUCAGCUCAUGUUGGUUCUCGAGCAGUUGUGUUCUUUGUGGCAUCGGCAACGUCGCGACAGAUUCAGUCGUCUUUUGAAUCACCAGAUCCGAGUUAUGAACCAGCCAAUAGAUGAAGGUCCUUUGAUCACGUUUAAAGUGUUUGACUGUUCAGGGCGGUCAGAGUGUACUGUAACAUUCAAUCGACCGUCUUACUACAACCUCUUCAAGUGUCUGACUAUCUUGUGCACCAAAAUGUCGAGUUCCUUCGAAAGUGACAGUAUUCACAGAAUUGGGAUCUUCCACAAGGGAAAUAUGUUCGACGUGACUCCAGAAGAUGUGGUGCGGGCGGAGUACGAAUACUUCAUCCAGUUCAAGGAUGUAAGUUUCGAUAUUUAGUAUUUUGAUUUAAUUUACAGUAUUCUAAUUUACAAAGGUUUUGUAAACGUUAAAACAUUGUCUUUUGUUUUAGCGUAUGAUUCGCUGUGUCAUAUACGACGAGAACUACAAGUUUAUCUUUUCGGCAGCUUUUCCUUUCACUGGUUGCUCGGUGGAAGAGUUGUUGUUCUUGACUCAACUCAAGGCUGAAGGUCAGAUUCGUCUGGAUAAGUUGAUUAGGAUCGAAGGUGUGAAAACGAACGGAGAGAUCAAGGCUUUGAACAGAUAUCAUGUGCCAUUUGGAUUCAGCUACAUGUUCAUUCAAAUGAGGGAUGCUGAUGUAAGUAAUGUUGGAACAAUGUAUGUUUACUAAGGUUAUUGGAAGGUAAAAUAAUUUCUUUGGUCGUUUUAUUUGUGGGGUGUGUAAUGUUCAAUUGUAAUCGGCAAGGUUUCUAAGAGUUGUUUUACGUUUUAGAGCUCUAUUAUGGACGCGAACGCCGAGUUCAGUCCAUCAAAUAUGUUUCCUAAUUUGACCGUUGAUAACAUUGUCAACGAGUUCCCAGUUUGUAUGUCAUUCAAGACUAAUGCCACUUCAGGCAUUGAUUUGUCGACAGAAGAUUCCAAGUUACAUGUUGUAGAUGCGAUUUCUGAAAGGCUGGCCACUGCUUUCAGAACGUAAGUAUAAAACUGGCAGUUGAUAACUAAAUUCAAAACCUAUUUUUCAAGAUUUCAUGAUGUAAACUUUUAGAAGAAUGCCGACCUUGGAGGAAACAGGCACGUUUUUGCAAUGGAUCUUCAGAUAUUAUUCAGACGUUGUAAGUUUCAUGUGUAAUAUGUAAAAAUGUUAUAUUUGGGGGUUGAAUGCAUUGUUAAAAGAUUAAUUUUUAGAAGGCAGUCUUGGCUUUGGAAAUGGCCAAUAACUUGCCGGCAAGCUUAGCUAGCCGAAUACUGCCUGUUGUAGCUGGGAUUAUGAAGGAGAACGAGGUGAAACGAUACUCUUUUAUCAACAAAUACAUGAGUGAAGCUGUUGUUGUUGAAUCCAAUUCAGUUGUAAAUAGGGCUCACAACGGAGAAUCCGAGAAUCUUGAUGAGUCUGCUGGAAGCUUAGUAAGCUAUUUUUAACGUAACUUGUGGCGUAGAGUUGUUAAAGAUUGCUUAAAAUAUAAAUUGUAGUUCUAUGUCUUUGUUUAUUAUAUUGUUUUAGUCUCUGAACACGUCUGAGUUUGUGUCUCAGCUAGACGCCCAAAAGAACAAGGAUACGGUGGUGUACUGUAUCUCCCACGAGUUUAUUGUGAUUGAACGGUUCACUUUGUCCUCAAGAGUCACAGCGUCGGAGGUCAAAACAUAUAUUUGUGAGAAGUUGCACUGCAAUAUUGGCAACAUCAUCGACGUUAAAGUGGCACACGAAACAGCAUAUGAGGUUUGUGUGAGGCCAACCAAUGUUAAAAGUGCUGUCGGCAAGGGAUCGGUGGCGAUUGCUGUGAUUUACACAGGCGAGGUGAGUCUUUAAUUAUAAGUUAGAACAAGGCAGUAGCAUUGAUAACUUGCUAUUAGUUAGUAUUAGCUCAUGUAUUCUCAUUAUAAACACUUUUCAGUCGGAAUACAUUGCUACAGCUGAUGACAUGUUAGAGGAACUGCCAUUACCUCUAAGAAACAAAAGCUUAUUCGAGAUGUUGAAGUACAGGAGUUCAGCAGAAGAGGCACGGGAGAUCAUCGACGUUCUAGAGAAGGGCGCAGUAAUGGAGAAGAGACUUAGGCAGAUUGUGGUGAGAACGGUCGUCAGUGAGAUCAGCUCUAUUGUGUUCGGGUAGGUCAUUCUUACUGUAUUGUUUUAACUCUUUUUAGACGAAGACCACGGACCAAAGAGUAUACCUUGUUUUUGGAUACCUUCUUGAAGCAGUACGGGUUGUUUGAUCAGGUAUGUUUUCAAAACGUUUUAUACAGAUGACUUUCAAAGUGUUUACUCAUGAUAUUUUUGAUAUUGAUAAAUUGUCAUUAUAAUGUUUCAGAAACAGUUGUUCGAGUACGAAGGUGCUGGUUGGGGUCAUCCAUUCCUCCAUUCAGGGAACUCCAUCUACCAGGCACGCCAGAAGUCGUUCUUAAGAGCCGUCCAGUCUGUGAUUGGGGCUAGCAAGCACGUCACGACACCGAAUGUCAGGAGAAGCAGAGUCUACGCACCUCGGAAGCGAAAGGCUGACAGUAGUACGUAUUCUCAAAGUGAUCGCUUAUAUCAGCGAUUGAUGAUACAAGAAAUAUACAUAUAAACAUUUUUAGCUUCAUCACCAUUUUACUGCGAAGUUGCUGAAGUUCUUCUUCACAUUGUCGAUCAAGUCGUUCAAAACGAGGAACUCGAGACUUGCCAGCUGUUGUCAGACAUGGCCAGCUCGUUAUAUCAACCCGGAUCUCAAGAAGACACAACCACCAAGAAACCUCAUCUCAAGUUCAACUACUCCAUCCCGAAUGCAUAA